GCCCCCGAGGCCCUACGGGCGUGGCCUCUGCCCCGAGUCCCGCCCCCCAGCCGUCCGGAACAGCUCGCUCGCCGCGGGAGGUCGUGAAGCCUGGGGCAGUAUUUGCCGCCCAUGGCCGCCGCGCUGCUCGCACGGGCCUCUGGCCCUGUCCGCAGAGCUCUCUGUCCUAGGGCCUGGCGGCAGUUACACACCAUCUACCAGUCUGUGGAACUGCCUGAGACACACCAGAUGUUGCUCCAGACAUGCCGGGACUUUGCAGAGAAGGAGUUGUUUCCCAUUGCAGCUCAGGUGGAUAAGGAGCAUCUCUUCCCGGCUGCUCAGGUGAAGAAGAUGGGCGGGCUCGGGCUUCUGGCCAUGGACGUGCCCGAGGAGCUUGGCGGUGCCGGCCUGGAUUACCUGGCCUACGCCAUCGCCAUGGAGGAGAUCAGCCGCGGCUGCGCCUCCACUGGAGUCAUCAUGAGUGUCAACAACUCUCUCUACCUGGGGCCCAUCUUGAAGUUUGGCUCCAAGGAGCAGAAGCAGAAGUGGGUCACGCCUUUCACCAGUGGUGACAAAAUUGGCUGCUUUGCCCUCAGCGAACCAGGAAACGGUAGCGAUGCAGGAGCCGCAUCCACCACCGCCCGGGCCGAGGGCGACUCGUGGGUCCUGAAUGGCACCAAAGCCUGGAUCACCAAUGCCUGGGAGGCCUCGGCUGCUGUGGUCUUUGCCAGCACAGACAGAGGCCUGCAAAACAAGGGCAUCAGUGCCUUCCUGGUCCCCAUGCCAACGCCGGGGCUCACGUUGGGGAAGAAGGAAGACAAGCUGGGCAUCCGGGGCUCAUCCACGGCCAACCUCAUCUUUGAGGACUGUCGCAUCCCCAAGGACAGCAUCCUGGGGGAGCCCGGGAUGGGCUUCAAGAUAGCCAUGCAAACCCUGGACAUGGGCCGCAUCGGCAUCGCCUCCCAGGCCCUGGGCAUUGCCCAGACUGCUCUCGAUUGUGCUGUGAACUACGCUGAGAAUCGCAUGGCCUUCGGGGCGCCCCUCACCAAGCUCCAGGUCAUCCAGUUCAAGUUGGCAGACAUGGCCCUGGCCCUGGAGAGUGCCCGGCUGCUGACCUGGCGUGCUGCCAUGCUGAAGGAUAACAAGAAGCCUUUCAUCAAGGAGGCAGCCAUGGCCAAGCUGGCCGCCUCGGAGGCUGCGACCGCCAUCAGCCACCAGGCCAUCCAGAUCCUGGGUGGCAUGGGCUAUGUGACAGAGAUGCCAGCAGAACGGCACUACCGCGAUGCCCGUAUCACUGAGAUCUACGAGGGCACCAGCGAAAUCCAGCGGCUGGUGAUCGCUGGGCACCUGCUCAGGAGCUACCGGAGCUGAGCCCGUGGCGGGCUGCCCGAGGACUGCGGGAAGGCGUGGGAGCCAGGGCCUCCACCCUGACCCCGGCUCAGAGACUGGGCGGCCCUGCGGGGGCUCCCUGGGGCCCCGGUCCCCUGGACUGGCCGAUGGGCUCAGUGCUGCCACCCGGAUCAGACCGCAAGGGAAUGAGGCCCUCCGACCACUGGCAGCUCCGCCUCUGGGCCUUUCUGCCUCCUCACCACUGUGCCUCAUGUUCCUCACCUGAGUGGCCCUGGCCUCCUGGGGGCGGGGUUGUGGUGGGAGCUGAGUGACACUCAGGGACACUUCAGUUGUGCUCCCGGGGGCCCUGGUGCCCCGGCAUGAGGACCCAGUGGGACAGGCCCUUGGUGGGGUCUGUCUUUUCCUUGAGGUCAGAGGUCAGGAGCAGGGCUGGGGUCAGAAUGACGAGGCCCAGGGUCCUGGUGUUGGGCAGGCGGUGGGGCUGGGCCAUGGAGCUGGCCCGGAGGCCCCUCAGCUCUUCGUAAAGUCUGAUGAAGGCAGGGGUGGUGAUUCAUGUCUUGUGACUGACCGUGGGUAAUAAACACACCUGUCCCCCA